UAUUGUCAAAUUAAAAAAUGCACUGGAAAUUUCUCUGUCAUCUCAACUAUAAAAAGUUUAAACGUUAAACCUUACGGCACGAGUGCACGAGAAUAUCACUACACGUGAAUGGAGAUCUUGGAGCCAUGGCAGGAAUUGAAAAACAAGGUCGUGAUGGUGACUGGCGCGUCGUCGGGUCUGGGUCGGGAGUUCUGUUUGGACUUAGCCAAAGCCGGAUGCAAAAUUAUAGCCGCCGCCAGGCGAAUCGACCGCCUGAAAUCGCUCUGCGAUGAGAUCAAUGACGGUAUUACUUCCUCCAGAUCGAAUGAUGCGAGCCACGGUCAAGCCAGAGCUGUGGCUGUGGAACUGGACGUCAGCGCCGCUGGACCAACCAUUGAGGCUUCUGUGCAAAAGGCUUGGGAUUCGUUCGGAAGAAUCGAUGCUUUGGUCAAUAAUGCCGGUAUUAGAGGUCCUGUGCACACGCCACUGGACUUGUCUGAGGAGGAAUGGGACAACAUCAUGAAAACAAACCUGAAGGGGAACUGGCUGGUAUCGAAGUAUGUUUGCAUGCGAAUGCGUGAUACGAAACUGGGAGGAUCUGUCAUUAAUAUCUCCUCCAUUGCUGGUCUUCACCGUGGGCAACUACCGGGAGCCCUUGCUUAUUCUGCUUCAAAGAUCGGUGUUAACACCCUGACAAAGGUUAUGGCCAUGGAAUUGGGAGAAUUCAAAAUAAGAGUGAACUCAAUAUCUCCUGGGCUAUUCAACUCCGAGAUAACGCAAGGACUCAUGCAAAAAGAUUGGCUAAAAAAUGUUGCCUUGAAAACCGUCCCUUUAAGAACUUUUGGGACAUCUGAUCCUGCGUUGACAUCACUUGUGCGAUACUUAAUCCAUGAUUCCUCUGAGUAUGUCACGGGCAAUGUCUUCAUUGCUGACGCUGGAGCCACUUUACCAGGUGUCCCAAUUUUCUCUUCUCUUUAGUUAUCCAAAGGAAUGAUGUUAUUUUUUGUUCAAAGAAACCAAAUUAGAUUCAUUUUCGAAAUAAAUUCUAAUCGUUGCCUGUUUGAAGAUUUUGUUGCAUAUGAAGUAUUCGAUGUACUGAGUAAUUUAUUUUCUCAUUGAAGCUGAAUCCGUCUCAAAAUUAGUCAGAA